AUGUCACCCCUCGCACCCAAGUACACUGACCCUAAUGGUGAUUCUGUUGGUGGUACCAGCGGCCGAAAUCUGGAAAUACCGACCAAGGUCCUCACAGGAUUCUUGUUCUUUGUUCUCGGUAUCAUUAUCUUACUUUUGUUGCUACUGAUUACCGUGGCCACUGCUGUGACCAAAUCCAGCUGGUGGACUCGUCGAAGACGGACUUGUCAGCGUCGUAUGGACCAUCUGGGUGUAAACAAAACACCUUUGUUGGAGGAUAGAAUAUUCUACUAUGCGGAUAUUUGCUUGGAGGCCAUCGCUUUCCAUUGGGAUGAAAGCGAACAACUGGUCAUAAAACCGCCGGUUAAACCAAAAACAAAUGACCAACUGACUGUGGAUGGGACGCAACUUCCACUGAGAUUCCAACCGGAGAAAUUGUACGGGGCGACCAGUACAAUACACCGGGAUAAUAUGAGAAAAAGAAGUUUUUCCACGUUGUCAGUUCAGCCGUCGCCGGACGGACAUCGACGUGCGUCUAUGAUUGAAAGUCUUUCGUUUCUCAGUCCAGCCAACUGUAUGAAAAUGGGCAAAACGCCUGACGAUCAGCCCCCAAGACUUCCGGGAUACAAGCUGGCCUAUCCACAAUAUGAAGGUUCUCAGUCUACAGGAUGGAAUGUUGGCACCUUGCCUCAGAUAGAUAUUACCUGUGACCAAGAUCUCACCGGAGAUGAAACAGACGGGAUUGACGGUUCACGUUCCGAUCGCGAAGCCGAUGUAAAUUCAGUGUUAUCGAUUUCCAUCCCCGUGAGACGAGCAUCAGCCACCAACAUUAAAGUGGUUGGACCAGUUCUUAAUCGUCGAGCCAGCUUUGUGGAUGCCUGUGCAAUACCAGCAUUAUCCAUAACCGGUGAUUCUACCAGCUCCGGAGAGAAGGAUUCUGGAAAAGACAAUAUCAGUUCAGGUACAAAUAUGCUGAGACCCGCUCAAAAUAACAUCGUGAUUCGUAUCAAAGCGGAUCUGUUAGUUUCUCUUUGUCAACGCCCAUUGGAAGGACUUAUCAGUGUCGGUGUUCACGAGAUACGGAAUAUCGAACUGCAAAAGCAAGGACCUUACAGUAUUGGCGAUUUGGAUCAGCUGACACACAUGGAACAAAGUGGUUUUGAAAUUCACGCAUGCCUCACAUACGAUGGUCAACUGAUAAAGUCGAAGAAAAGUGUAUUUCUACAACAACCAAGGAACAACCUGCUGCCGAGUAAACCACAAACGAAUGUGGAAAAAAGACUCUCUGUCUCUAGUACCCGACACUUGAUGUCGUUCAGCCGAACCGUGAGCGGCGAGCACUAUUUACAGUUCACUAUACCCCAUUCAAAGAAGAAUAUUGGUAAGCACGUGCUGUCGAACUACGGGAUAGUCUUGUUCGUGACCCACAAACUCGCGUUGACGGAUCAGCUCCCGGCGGAUUUUGUCAACCAGUUGAAAUUGAUCGGUGCUCCUGAACUGAAAAGUCUACAAGCUGUUGGGGACUGUUUUAUUGCGGACGAGUCGACUCAAACCGAUUACUGGACCAAGGUUUCGUUUAACGUUAAAUGUGAUUCUCAGUGUGCAUCGUUAUGGAAUGAGGCAGCAAGUCACGGAUCCAGUCGGGUGUAUCAAUGGCUGACCACCACAUAA